AUAGAAGCCAUUGAGUAUUUUUAAAGUUGGUUGUCUUUCAGUUGCAAAUUAAGAAAAUUGUACCAUCUUCUUAAAAUUUUCAGUAGUUGAAAUUUGGAAUCUUUGAUUUUAAAAACAUGAGCGACCCUUUUAUAGAAAAAGCUACACAAAUAGUGUUGGCAAUGGCUUCUGCACUAUUGCUCCAUGAUUCAGAUAUCGUUCGGGAACUCUACGAUGGAAUAAAUCAAUCAAUUCAAGGAAGAAAUCAACCAAUAUCAGAUUCAGUCGUGGAUCGCAUGGCCCAAUCCGGCAUAAUUCAUAUGGACAGUCACAACUCCACUCGACAUGAAGAUCGCCUUCGCGAUGACUCAUACGAAGAAUUUCGCCAUUCCGGCACCGUAAACAUGCCCAGCGGUUCAAGAGGCUCACGUUCGACUCAACAGAGCUUCCACUAUGAAAAAUUCGCUGAACCACUUGCCUCCUCGACAAUGAUAGAUCGAACAAGUAUGCGGAAGUCUCCCGACGAAUCCCACCGUUCUUUCGCGGCUCAACUCGCUCCUAUCCGACUAUCAGACAUCAAAGCGUUGACUCCUUCAUCAGAUCCACUUCCGUUCAAGACACUUCCGGAAACCGAUCCAGGUCGGCAUUAUCUCCAAGUUCCACAGCACCUACCUCACAUGCGAAAUCCCAAUAUUAGUGGGCGCUCUCCAAGAAGCCCUAGGACGCAAACCGCCCUGGAUGAUCUCAAUGAAUCCAUCAACAUGCUGGUCCAGAGAAUCCACCGUCAAGCUGAUAUCAUGCUGUCCAGGGAGCAAUCCGCCGAUGGUAGACGCAGCGGUAGUAUUCGUAGAAGUUAAAUUAUGCGUGUAACUCGAAAGCUCUUAUUGCAUCAUACACUUGAUCCGAGAAAACAAA